AAGGUGCAGCGCGGACACCGCGGGGUGGCAGAUGCACAGUCACCGCAUUCACCAGCCCGUGGAAGCGGGCAACUCCCCGGGGCGAGAUGGUGCAAAUCUUGGCACCAAUUGGCUAAUUCAAUUUAGUUCCACUGCAUUCGCCCUGUCGGAAUAUUCAUGAGGCGGAGAGUGAGUACCACUGGUGCUGAGAGAGAAGCGUGCAAUAAGGAAGAGAGCGAGCGGGGAGGCUGCAAGACUUUCGACAAGCAAAAGCCACGUAGAAAAAGUUUCUCGCCUGCAUAUUCUGAGGCAUCGCUCGUCAACAAAAGCUUGCAUUUUCUCCGAAGAGCUUUCGGCGCAACUUUUCUGAAGAGUGCUUAUUUAUUAAACUGCAGGGGGGCAGCGAGGCUGGGGAAGGUUUCGAGGUGUGAAAAUUGACGCGUUGACAGGACUGCGAGGUCUGAAACCGAUGAAGAUCUCCAGAAUUCGUUGGAGGAAAGCCUUUAUUUUCCUGGCAAUCAAUUGAAAAUUUCUAUUCUGAUAUCAACCACCUCAUCCUAAAACUCGAUAAAGAUAUCUGACCAAAGACUGUCACACCUACUUUCCAAAAACAGUUUGCAAAGUCUCAGCCCUUUCCCUUUUAUUAUUCACUCACGUUAAUUCUUAUAACGAUCGGCUGUGUUCAUUUGCAAUAUAAUGGGCUAUAAGUAUUUCCAGGGGUCAUGCCUAUUUCUGUGUCUAGUUGAUUUAGUGCAAGUACUGAAGGUGCAGCCAGCAUAUGAAAUGGAGUACAGCCAACACGAUAAGUUGCUGCAUCAUCGUGUGAAGAGAGGUUGGGUAUGGAACCAGUUUUUUGUGUUAGAAGAAUACACUGGAACAGAACCAUUGUACGUUGGCAAGCUUCAUUCAGACAUGGACAAAGGAGAAGGGUCUGUCAGAUACAUCCUCUCUGGCGAUGGAGCAGGUUCUGUUUUCACAAUCGAUGACAACACUGGAGACAUUCAUGCAGUACAGAGAUUGGAUCGGGAAGAGAAAUCUCACUACACUCUGCGUGCACAAGCCUUGGACAGAUGGACUGGUAGACCAAUGGAGCCAGAGUCCGAAUUCAUCAUAAAGAUUCAGGAUAUCAACGACAAUGAACCCAAGUUCCUCGAUGGGCCUUACAUAGCCAGUGUUCCUGAAAUGUCUCCAAUAGGUACAUCAGUGAUACAACUCACAGCGAGUGAUGCUGAUGAUCCCACCUAUGGAAACAGUGCACGAGUGGUUUACAGCAUUCUUCGGGGGCAACCAUACUUCUCAGUGGAAGCAAGGACAGGCAUCAUCAGAACAGCCUUAUCAAACAUGGACAGAGAGGUUAAAGAUGGAUACCAAGUGGUUGUACAAGCCAAGGACAUGGGUGGACAAAUGGGGGGAUUAUCAGGGACAACGACUGUAAACAUCACCCUCAUAGAUGUCAAUGACAAUCCUCCUAGAUUCCCUCAAAAACUGUAUCAGAUGAGUGUGAUGGAGUCAGCAGUGGUUGGUUCAGCGGUGGGAAGAAUUCUCGCAAAGGACGCAGAUGAGGAGCAAAAUGCAGAACUGAGUUACAGCUUCAUCGAUGGUGAUGGGAAGAAUGUUUUUGAGAUCAUCACAGAUGAAAGUAACCAAGCUGGGAUUAUCACCAUCAAGGAGUCGUUAGAUUUUGAAACCAAGAGCAGUUACAUGUUGACUGCGGAGGGCACCAACACCCACCUGGACCUUCGCUUUCUGAACUUCGGUCCAUUCCGAGAUACAGCCAGGGUGCAUCUGACGGUCGAGGAUGUGGACGAGCCUCCACAGUUUGAUUCUCCCAACUACAUGGUGGAGGUGUACGAAGAUGUCACCGUAGGGACCACUAUCCAAGUAGUCUCGGCAAAGGAUCCAGAUGCAGCCAACAACUCAGUCAGGUUUUCAAUUGAGCGAUCCACCGAUCCCACCAGAUCCUUUUAUAUUGACAUCGCCUCAGGGGCUCUAAUGACCGCAAAGUCACUGGACCGAGAACAUCUUUCAUGGCACAACAUCACAAUCCUAGCAAUGGAAAUGAAGAAUCCCACACAAAUCGGGAGUGUUUCAGUCACAAUUAAAGUGCUUGACAUCAAUGACAAUCCACCGGUGUUCGUGAGAGAUCAUGAAGCCUACAUCUGUGAAAACGCUAAACCUGGUCAGUUGAUUCAAGUGGUCAGUGCAGUGGAUCCGGAUGAUCCUCAAGGGGGCCAUCACUUCUACUACAGCUUGGUUCCUGAGGCAGCCAACAACCCAAACUUUACAGUGCGUGACAAUCAAGAUAAUACUGCCUGGAUCCUGACCAGAGGGGGAGGAUUCAACCAGCAAGAACAGGGCACCUACUACCUGCCCAUUCUCAUUGCAGAUGAUGGCCUUCCAAUGCUAAGCAGCACCAGCACGCUGACAAUUCGCAUAUGUGGCUGUGAUACAGAUGGGAAUGUUAGGUCCUGUAACGUCGAAGCCUACAGCCUUCCCAUCAGCCUGAGCAGAGGGGCACUGAUAGCAAUUCUUAGUUGUAUCUUCAUCUUGUUGGUAUUGAUACUGUUUAUAUUAACAAUGAGAAAACACAAGAAGCAGUCCCUUAUUGUUGAUGAUGAAGAAAACGUCCAUGAAAACAUUGUGCGAUACGAUGAUGAGGGUGGAGGAGAGGAGGACACGGAGGCCUUUGACAUUGCUGCCUUGUGGAAUCCCAGGGAAGUUCAUCUGACAAAGUCCCGGAGGGACAUGCUGCCAGAAAUUGAGAGCCUGUCCAGGUAUGUGUCGCAGUGCAGAGCAAGCGAUGACAAUGUCAACAACUACAUUCUAGCAAAGCUGCACGAUGCCAACACGGACUCCUCUGCACCCCCUUUCGAUUCCUUACAGACUUAUGCAUUUGAGGGGACUGGCUCGGUGGCGGAAUCGCUGAGUUCCUUUGAGUCGACCACGACAGACUCCGACCUCAAUUACGAUUACCUCACAGAGUGGGGGCCUCGGUUCAAGAAACUGGCUGACAUGUAUGGAGGCCCUGAAAGUGCAGAAGACUCAUUGUAGCCAGCGAGUGGGGGGAGGGGGGGAGGGGGGGGUGGGGCUAAUGAAUCUAUGGCAACCUCUGUUCAGCAUGGAACUCUUUCCAUUUUGGUCAAAAAGCCCCAUCGUUGGGUUUGCACUGGGUUUAAGCAAACCACGUAAGAAAUACUGAGACUGCAGCCUUGGCGGCACAGACAUGCAGAACAUGUGACAGUAAGGACGGGAAAUAACCUGAAUCGCUAAAGUCAUUAUUUGCCUGUGGGGAAGGACAGAAAAUAAAACACAUUAAGGUGUCUCAGCCUCUGAGAAUAAAAGUGAUUACAUCUUUCUGCUGUAACACUGAAAUCUAUUCUAACACUGAGCGACAACCGUUCACUCACCACCCCUCCCCCAGCCUCUUAUGCAGAUGCAUUCUGAAAUCGGAAUGAAACUGACCUACAUUUGAGGCUUGCUUGUUCAUUUUGAAAACCCACAGUAAAUAUCUGUGCAGGAACGUUGCUUAUUAAUCAGGUCUCCACCGCAGUCGCACUGUAAGCAGGCUUAUUUUUUAAUUUGGAAGUUUAUGCAAUGUCAUUCUGUGACCCAAUGAAUUGUUGAGCAAUGAUCAAGAGUUGUUUAAAUACAUGUCAAAAAAGGCCAGUGCCCUUAUAUGUGAAAUGAAAUCAUACAAACUGACAAUGUAGCUGUGCAUAAAUCUGUCUGCAAACCCAGCAACAUACAAACUCUCCAUCUGAACACACAAAGGAUGCUCAUAGCCUCAUGGAGAGAGUCCCUGCCCCCACCCAAUAUCUGUACAAUGUCAAAUAGGAAUCUGCAAUAGAAGCAAGUCUGAAUCUUUUUCUUCUUUAAAACUUGCUUUCCACCCACAGUCAAAGCUUCAGAGUUCGUAAUUCUCAGCAGCAGGUCGGAGAAUGGAAUGGAAUCAUAAGCCUCAGAGAUGUCUAUUAAACACCAGCUUAAUGAUGCUCUGAAUUCAAGACACCCAGAUCUUGGCUGAAUCAAAUGGUAGAAAGCAAUGGGGAUCAGAAAAAUACACAUUUUAAAAUGUAUCAGAAUAGAUUUUAUUUAAACAUAGGAUGCAAAAAUAAUGACAUUUAAAUCAGUGUGAAAAAUGUAAAUCGCAUUAUUUCCCUGACUGUGCAUGCUGUUAAAAGUACAGUAUAUUGGAAUCAGAUAACUGUAAAUAAUAAGCAAUGUUUAAAUGAAUUAUUGAUUCCACUGUCCCGGAUAAAGGAGAUGUGUCUAAUAGUGGGUACUGGCUUUGAAAAUGGCUAUUAAUCUGUAUGAUGUGACUGGACCAGGUCACAGUUUGAAAACAGAAUGACUUAUUCUGGAUUUACGGAGCUCAUCAGAAUUAAGAGAUGUUUGGAACUGCUGCCUUUGGUUUUGUGUACUUGCUGUGUAGAGAUGGAACUGACUGCUUAUUGUGUUUUAUCUGUAUGGUGACCAUUGGAUUUCUAAAAGGUACAUUGAUUUAAAGGGAGAAUUGGUGACAACAUGCAUCUUUAACAACAAAAACUGUAUUUUCUUGUUUCUGGAAAGUUUUUGUACAUUUGUUAAUUUCUUAAAAAAAUGAAUAUUGAUGUGCUGCUUGUCAGGACAUUAGCAGUUGUUUUAAUAAAAGUAAGUGAAUCAUCAAUGAUUCUCUAUCUGCUCUC